AUGGGACCAGCAGGGGAAAAGGGUUCUCCUGGGCGUCCAGGUAUUCCAGGAAAAGAUGGACCCAAGGGGUCUGAAGGUCGACAAGGGCGACGUGGAAGAAAGGGUGACAGAGGAGAAAUAGGUGCCGAGGGACCAACAGGACCUCAGGGACCCCAGGGUAUUCGCGGGCCAGCUGGACCACCUGGUCAAGGUCAUCGGGGCUUCAAAGGUGACAUGGGACUCCCGGGGAUAAAAGGGCAGAUAGGACCAAUGGGACCGAAAGGUGUCAAAGGAGAUAGGGGGCCACCGGGGCAAGGAGGGGUGAGUAAUCUCAAAUGUACAAUUCCACAACUGUUGAAAUGCACUUACGAAAUGGUUUCACUGUUGACAAUUGUUAAGAGAGUUUUUUGCAAUUUCGAUUCUUUCAGCAAUUUCUAA